AUGGCUCAACGCAGCGCUACUCUAUUAGCUUCAAAUGAAGCAGACGUUCAGCUUGCUAUCUCCUCUAUCAGUUCCCAUCAAAUACAGAGCAAUCGCAGGGCUGCUACUAUCUUUAGCGUGUCUGAACGAACAAUCCGCCGCCGACGCGCUGGUAUACCUGCCCGACGCGAUUGCCAGCCCAACUCAAAGAAGCUCACUGAGCCAGAGGAGCAGGUGAUUAUCCGCCAUAUAUUGGAUCUAGACCAACGUGGAUUUGCGCCUACGUACGCAGCUGUACGUGAUAUGGCUGAUAAGCUGCUCGCUGCGCGCGGCAGAGGACGCGUAGGAGUUAACUGGCCAUCUACCUUUGUCAAGCGUACAGACAGUCUCACAACGCGUUUCAAUCAAGCGGUUAGAGAGGAGAGGUCAGCCAAAGGCUAUUUAGCCAGGCAAUUGCAAUACAAGGAAGCAGAGAUCCCACGCGACUAG